AUGCAGGACCUCGCAGGGUUGGGGAGAGAGAUGGUGCGGUUAAAUGGCCAAUCCACUCCCCACUCCCACUGCCCUCAUUCAAGAAUGUCUAGUCGUCUCGUCGUGGUUGGGGAUCAAGACGGCUUGGGGAUCGAGGCGGUGCAACUAGAUGUGACGUCCACAGCUUCCAUUCAAGAAGCCGUCAGCACAGUCAUUGCCAAGGCAGGCAGAAUAGACAUUCUGGUCAACAACGCGGGGGCGGGCUGUUUUGGCCCCAUGGCGGAGAUGCCUCUUGAUUCGUUCCGCGGCAACAUGGAAACUAAUGUGGUUGGCUUGCUGGUCGUCACUCAGGCAGUAGUGCCCCAUAUGGUGGAACAGGGCAGUGGCAAGGUCGUGAACAUAGGGUCGGUUUCAGCAUGGGUCACCACUCCCUUUGCCGGCACCUACUGUGCCGCCAAGGCGGCAGUGCACAGCAUCACCCAUGCGCUCAGAAUGGAGCUGAAACCCUUCGGCAUCCAAGUCAUGCUCGUUGCUCCGGGUGCCAUCAGGUCCAACUUUGGUGGCAAUUCUUCUUCUUCAGUCUCCCACCUGCGUCUCAAGAUAUUCACCCGCUUUCAGAAGCAGAUAGAGGCACGGGCAGGGGCAUCUCAAACGCCCCAGUCCACACCAGGAGACGUGUUCGCCAGGGCUUUAGUCGAGAAAGCCUUGGCCAAGAAGGUACCAAUAGAGUGGGCGUUUGGGCACCUGGUAGGGUCAUUCCGAGUAAUGACCUGGCUGCCUUAUAGCUUCAGGGAUUCUGCACUCAUGAAGAAAUUUGGACUCACCAAGUAG